AUGUGCUUUUCAGUGUUACCGUCUUCUGAAUCGGAUUCUGAUGAUGAUAUUGUUGAAGAAGAAGCUUCGGUUGCGGUCGUUAAAGAGCCAAAAGUGGCAUCUGUGCUGAACACUGUGGUCCCUCCCGCCAUGGUACCAGUAGAAGACGUUAAGAUGGAAAUCACUCCGAUAGCCGUGCCUACUGUUCUGAAAGAGUCAAUACAAAAGGCAUUUGCCGAGUCGAUUUGGAAACCUGUCAUUGACAAAGACGUAGCGGCCCCUAAAAGAAGUAGGUGGAUUAAGGAAUGGAGUUAUAUUGGAGAGUAA